AUGAUAAUUGGAGUGUACAGUGCGGUUCGAAUUACUCAACAAGUGGUACAGACGACGACAACUCAAACGCCGCCGCCCGCGCCCGUGGUCUCCACCGCUUCAUUUGCGGUACUAGAUGAAAUAGCUACUUUCACGACUGCGCCCGUUUGUCCUGACGCCAUCAAUACUUCGGUACCACUGGGAAGACUCCGCACCGCACUAAGGAACUCGGCAUACCUGCGCAAGGACACGUUGCUGGAUGCAUUUAUUGUUUUUUUUAGUGAUGAGCAUUUGAGUGAAGAGCCUUCGCCUGAAGAACGGCGCUUGGAGUACAUCAGUGGCUGGGACGGGGCGGGUACCGCUGCCGUGUUAGCUGACGGUGGUGCUGCUAUUUGGGUGCCAAGUGGCGACGUUCACAACGCUAGAGCCACAUUGUCGUGCGCGUGGGAAGUAUUGGAUGGUGACGAUCCAAGCCAACGUACUAUUUCAGAAUGGAUUGUGGAUCGGCUUGGUCGCAAAGGCCGGGUCGGCGGUGAUGCCAGGCUGACCUCAGUCGUUGAAUGGCAAACUAUCUCGUCGUCCCUUCAUCGCGAAGGGCUUCUACUGAUUGACGUUCCGACCUUGGUAGACCAACUUUGGAAUGACGAGGUCGACCCACCGAGAAGACGACCAGAAUUCUCUAAGAUCGUAGCUAACAAACAUCAAAUGGAAUAUAUUGGAAUGUCGUGGCGGGAAAAAGUAUCCGCCGUGCGUAAUGAACUGCGGGCAGUUGGGGCGGAAGCGAUAAUCAUCACGGCCCUGGACGAGGUGGCUUGGUUACUGAACGUAAGGGGACGCGACGUGCCCUACGCGCCUUUGCUGAAGGCUUUCGUGAUCGUUAGUCUACGGGACGUGAGGGUGUUCGCACCGCCAGGAAAACUCUCCAUGCCCGUCAGAAAAGCUUUGGAUGUAUAUAACUGUUACACCAAUAACUGUACUAGAGUAAACGACUACACAGCUAUUUACGACGAGCUGCGUCGCUCGAGUGAAUCCAAGAUCCUGAUACCGGCGGCAGGAACGUUUCAGCGGGGCGCCUCUGCUGCAAUAGCACAAAGCGUACCACUAAGCAAACGAGUGUUUCUACUCUCUCCGAUUAUAUAUUUGAAGGCGCAGAAGAAUGAGGCUGAGGCGAAGGGUAUGAGGAAAGCCCAUCUGAGGGACGCCGUUGCUAUGUGUACCCUUUUCAGUUACUUAGAGAAUAAGUCCGGUCUGAGCGAGAUGUCAGUGCAGACAACAGUGGACAUCACCCGGGAGACUCAAGCCGGCUACGUCGGACCGGCCAUGCAGACUCGUGUGGCUUACGGACCUAGCGCCGUGGAGCCCGAAUAUCGCCCAAACAAUGCCACUAACCGACGUAUAUACAAGAAUUCCACUCUGGUCAUACGAUCCGGCGGGCAAUAUGACGAGGGAACGACAGUAGUGACCCGCACGGUGCAUUACGGCACGCCGAGCCGCGAGGAGCGACGCGCGUACACGACCGUGCUGCGGGCGGUGGCCGCGUUGUCCGCCUUCACCGCGCCCAGCAUGCUGCCCGCCGCGCACGCCGACCCCGUGGCCCGCGCGCCGCUCUGGGCCGCAGAUCAGGACUACCCCCAUCCCACCGGUCACGGCGUCGGAGCUGCACUUAACCGGAGAGAAGAUCCCGUUGUAAUCGAUUACCGUCAAGAUACAAACUUGCACACACUGAGAGAAGGCUAUUUUAUCACGUGCGAACCUGGUUGGUACGAACCCGGAAAGUUCGGUAUUCGGUUAGGGAAUGUUGUGGAGGUGAUCGGCAAACCUAAUGAGUAUCUAGGAUUCAGAGAGGCUACUUUGCUACCUUAUGAACCUAAACUCAUCGACAAGACCAUGCUGACUGAAUACGAGAUCACAUGGUUGAACGGUUAUAACGACCGUAUAAGGAAGAUAGUUGGACCAGAGUUGAUGUCUCAGGGUCUAACCGACGUGUACUACUGGAUGAUGAACAAGACGGCACCAUACGAGCUUCCUUCCAAGGCUAAGAAGGCGCAAAUGAACUCAGCCGUGCAUAUUGCAGGCAUUCGAGAAAUCGUAGCUCUAAUUUCCUUUAUAUCACUCACGUUGUUCAGCUAAAUACUCAUCGAUUUAGUCAAACAAGCUUUUUAGGCGUAGUUGAUCAAUUAAAUAUUCACGUUCGACAUCCUUGCAGAAUUAGAAUGUGAAUAGAAUAGAUAUAUCGAUUAUAAUACUGUUUUCGUUAAAGUUUGAAGAAACGUGUAGGGAAAAUCUAGCAAAGGGAUCAUUAUUCGCAGUCCAAAUAUAAAUAGUGUUUUGAAGUUUGACGCUUUGAACACAAAAAUGUCCCGGAGUGCAUUAAAGCAAUAAUAAUUAUAUAACUUAAAGUAUAUCUAUUAAAUGUCAUAGCAGUAGAACUUAUAUUUUAAAAAUAAUUAAUUAUAAACGAAUAAAUUGCGAAUAUAAUAUUAAUCGACUAAUAAUAACUUAGAGAAUGUAAGGUAUUUUAUUUAGAUAUUCUUACUGUUGCGUAAUCGUGCGAUCUGGUUUGAAGGAUAGAAUAGUUACUUUUUAG